UCAUGAGAACUAGGUCGAAGGAAUAGUUCAUGUCUAACUUAUUGGACUAUUUUAUUACUAUAACGAGCCCUUUUUCAUAAAAUUACUGUCUAAUUAGUGCGCCUAAAAAUCGUACUGACGAUGACAUUUAUUUCUGAGACAUAGUUGGGUUUGAUAAAACUUAGGUGAAGAAUCAAUCGAAGGUAAAAAAAACAUUUAUGGCCGAAAACCAAGUGUCAUAAUGACGGAUAAACAUAGCCUGAAUUAUGAUGUGAGAGAGUUGAAGCUGGGAGCGACUUUUACUAAUAACAAGGCACCACAAUACCACACAAUCAAAUAUGACUUCAAACCGGCGUCAGUUGACGUUAACAAAAUGGCAACGGUGGAUGUUGGAACAAAUAAUCAAGUGACUGUCACUGUACCACAUCUGGAUGGCGCGGGAGUACCUCAGACCAUUUUCAAAGGCAACCAGAGGCCUUACACCAAGGACUGCGUGCUCAUAAUAGAUAGAGUUACCGGCGAGAUUACUCUGGAGAAGCUCUCUAGUAAUAUACAAGUGAAAAAGACUAGACAAGAAACGACUCAGAAGCCGCGGCCCCUGACGCCUGUGACGGCGGACUUCACCAACACGACGCAGCGCUCCACGUCGCGCACGCGCGUCACUACCAACAGACGCAGUAACACUAAUGCAGCGCCCGCGCCCGCCCCCGCGCCCCCGCCCGACAGGACGCAUCACAACACUACCGCCGCGUACCAACCUCCACCCACGCAUCACCAGGCCCAGCAACAAGAAGACAGUUCUUCGAGUUCAUCGAGUGAGAGUGGCAGUGAUUCUGAUAGCGGCAGUGAUAGUGACGACAAUGAUUCCAGCGCUCACCACUCUAUACCCAACGGUAACCCGCCCCCCAACCCUGCGUUACCGGCCGACGUGCUGAAUGAUGAUCUCUGCCUGUCCGAAUCCGGCAGCGACUCCGACUGACCUCACGACAAACGUUUAUUUCAUAGGGUUUGGGUGUUUUUAAUUUUAAACGUUACUCUACUCACCCUCGAACAGAUUUUUUCUCAAACUGGCAAGCAUAUAAUACUAAAACAUGGAGCAAUAAGUAAACUGAAUCUUAUCAUUUUAUAAUUGAGAGUUCUAUUUUGUGUGAAAGCAUGUUUCGUGAUGGAAUAUAGUCUACUUUGAGAGUAGACAGCAAUAAAUUGUUUGCAUGGACUGCAAGAAGUGGUUGGUAUUAAUAUUAUCUUGAAUUUGCUUCCGUUGUUAUUGUAAAGUAUAUACAAAUGAUAUUAUUUGAACUUAAAGAUUUUCGUGAGCAGAUGUACUAUAAUACUCGGCACGUAACAUUGCAAGAUUUUGUUCGCGCGGAUUUAAUUCGCGCGUUGUAAAUGUCUCUUUACUUCUUACUCUAACUUCUUUCCUGUUUGUUUAACUUUUUUCCUAGUAGAUCCAUAACCAUAACAUGAUCUGUCGUCAGAGGUAUUUGCGAACCGAUACGACCUUCAAACCUUUAAGAAAAGAGCGUAUUCCUUUUUAAAAGGCCGGCAACGCAUCAGUGACUACU